AUGGAUACAAUUUCACAACGAAGUCUGUUGGAUUACAACGAUGUACACCUGGAUUCAAAGAAAAAGGAUACGAUAGACGAGACCAGGUCCGGCAUUGUGAUAAGGGCAAAUUCAGGACAGUUAGUCGAGGCUGGAUUUCAGCUGUUGAAGUGUGAAUCUGGAUUCAGAAUUGUAGUGCUGGAUCCUAAAAAUGAUUUUCUCUCCGCUUUACAGUUGAUGGGCAAUGACAAACUCCUAGCCAUUCACAAUGUCGAUAUCAGAAGCUGGGCAUGUGACCUGGUAGAGGACUUCAUCAUGCAUAUGUUUGACCAAGAACGAAACAGAUUGACAUUGGUAAUUGAAAGGCAAGAGCAGGUUGAUGCCAAGAAUUGCACCGUGACCGUCAUUGAAAUAGAAGUGGAUUUUUUCUAUCCACGAGGCCCAACAUCAAUGAUCAGCUCGUGCAAAAAAAGAUUUCUGAGCUCAUUCACUUUUACUUCUGUGUACUGUAUGCAGAUCACGGGGACUGAUGAUUGUCUGGUAUCAGUAGAUACUCUCAUGUCCAAGGUAUACUUGAAAUGUGAGACGGACGGAACAUUAACAAUGGAUAAUCUACCUUCUCGGACCGAUACAGCAUAUCAUUUCCGAAGAAGGCUAUUUCAUGGCUUUGAAAAGAGUAACAGUGAAAAUCAAAGUUGUUUCCCUUGUGUUCUGCAGUCGAUAAAAACAGGAAAGUACGUAUCCGUGCUGAACUGCUCGUCUGUAGGUUUUACGACAAAGUCUUCACAAGAUGACUUGAAUGACAUUACAGCGAUGACAUCACUACGGUCAGCUGAUUCAAGAUUUUUCUUCUUAAAACUGAAAACUUCAGGACGAAGUGAAUAUGUAUUGGAAUCAACGAUCUUAAAAGACAAAUACCUUUCCUGGGAUUGCGCAGAGAAGAGGAUGAAAUUGGCUGCUUCAACAGACACUCGUGGUGCUCAUCAAACAACACUGUCAGUGUUUCACAUUUAUGUACUGUAA